GGUUUCACAAUCAGCAAUCAAAGGAACGUGUUGAUUUCAGUAGAACGCGAAGAAAAGAACUUGAGAGGAUCGACGAAACAUAAAAAAUGGCACGUACAAAACAAACUGCCCGUAAAUCAACUGGAGGAAAAGCUCCACGAAAACAGCUUGCCACAAAAGCAGCAAGGAAGAGUGCACCUUCAACCGGUGGAGUGAAAAAACCCCACAGAUAUCGACCAGGAACUGUCGCACUUCGAGAAAUCCGAAGAUACCAAAAGUCCACUGAGUUACUUAUCAGGAAGCUUCCUUUUCAACGUCUCGUAAGAGAAAUUGCCCAGGAUUUCAAAACAGAUCUGAGGUUCCAGAGUGCUGCGAUCGGGGCUCUUCAGGAAGCCGCUGAAGCAUAUCUUGUCGGUCUGUUUGAGGACACGAAUCUCUGUGCUAUUCACGCAAAGCGCGUAACCAUUAUGCCUAAAGACAUCCAGCUUGCUCGAAGAAUAAGGGGAGAAAGAGCUUAGAUCGAUCGAAAGACAUUGCAACUGUAAAUAGGCAUACUGUAUUAAGUUAUGUUAUUAUUAAGUUUUACCUAGCAACUUUUAUUUUGAUACCGUAAAAGUCUACUGAAGACUAUUAUAUGUAGGGUAGAGGCUACUUGAUUCAUUAGAAAAUAUUUGGUUUCAGAACGAAAUAUGUAAUUGCAAAGUAAUAUGCCAUGACAAUAAUAGUCAAUAGCUUAAUCAGGCCCACUCCAAAUUUUCAUGGCAACUUUCUUCUUUAAAAUUGCGGAAGAAACUUUGUAAUUUCAUUAUAAUGCAACAUAAGAAAGGAUGUAUUUUCUGCUGAAUCUUGUGUGUAUUUAUUGUUUAAAUCAAUAACACUUUUGUUACUGUUGGAAGUAAAAUACUUUGGGCAACUAUUAUGCUUAAAUGUGAAAGAAGGGAGAAAAUUCUAGCUUUACAAAGUGGAGUUACGGGCUCAACAAUUGGCUAAUUUUAUGCAUUUUGGCUGCCCUGAUCCAAGCAUCCAUGAAGUUUAACUGUCAAAAUUUCCCACUGCAAAAAUUUUUUUGUGAGAUUUGGUAUGUGGAACAAUUUCAAAUGAAAACCUGAACUAUGCCAGGAAGAGUCUGAUUCUUGUCUGCAAAGGCCUGGUGUGGUUCUGCUAACAUGGUACAUAAUUAUUUCUAGAGAGUAGUUUUGUUGAUAAUUUCCUAUGCACCUUAAUGAAUGUAUCCUGUCUGGAUUUUGGAGAAUAGAUCCCCCUACAUAUAUAUUAAAUUACAUAUUUCACAAAGUGUAAGCUGAAUUUUAAAUCCUAAAUAAACAGUCUGGCUGA